CUUUUCUUUUCUCUCACUUUCUUCCCUAACCAAACAUACUCGUUGUAAUUGGCAGAAGCCAAUGUGCAACUGUGCAAAUUGCAGCAAGCUACCGCCACUGCAAUCAACCUUAGAGCCUUCCUGGAACCGCGAACCACCGUCGAGGCUCUCCACAGUCCGCUCCCGUUCACCUCCGUGAACCACACUCGAGGAGUCUCUGUCAGUCAUCCUCUGUGCCAAGGUUCACCGCAAUUUCGUGAUGGAUUCCGGCCACCAUGUUGGGUUGGGUUGGCCAUAUAGCCGCCGCAGCUGAGUAUGAAAGACAGGCCUUGUCAUGAGAUAUCUCUUUCCGCCGUUGGUUCUUCGUCGCCGUCUUUCGUGGGAGGAAGCGGUCAGGGCAUCUGUGAGGGAAGAAUAAGGCUCCCUAUUGGAAUUUGGAACCUGAUUAGUUGUAGGAACUUUGUUAUUGGUAGCCUCACCACAUUGAAGAAAGGUCACAAUCAUGGUGCAACGACAGAGACAUAUUUUCCCAAUUCUUCGGCACAUUCAUAAGGGAGUGGACCAUGUCUAUCGUUCAGCUCCAAACCUUUUCAUUUCUUGCAUAGGCUCUUCUUUUUCACAAGAUCAGUUACAGGGGGCGUCGACAACAACGUUGGCCAUUUCCUCAAGCCCUAUUUAUCGUUGUUACCAACAUCUGGUUUGUGGCCAGGCCCAGGAACCUACUUUUGGUCAUCGCCAUGAUUUAAAACCGUCUGCUUUCAUAGGGCACCUUAGCUUCCAUUCGGGUCCAUUUCUAAAGUGUAAUGAUAAGAUGGUAGAGCAACUUCAGGAUUCUGAAAAAUCACCAAGUGAUAGUUGUGCUGAUAAUGCCAAAGUACAGAGGAAAAAACUGAAGGGCAAACGAGCUGUUGUGAGAUGGCUAAAGUUCUUCAGAUUUAAGAAGAAGAAAGAGUAUGAAAGGAUGACAGCAGAGGAAAAACUUUUAUAUAAAUUGUUAAAGGCUCGGAAGAAAGAAGAGAGACUUUGUGAAGCUCUGAAGAAGAUUGAGCCUACAGAAACAUCAGAAAUAACCCAUGAUCCUGAGAUUCUGACACCAGAAGAGCACUUUUUCUUCUUAAAGAUGGGCCUCAAAUGCAAAAAUUAUGUGCCAGUUGGAAGGCGAGGAAUUUACCAAGGUGUAAUUUUAAACAUGCAUCUACAUUGGAAGAAACAUCAGACUUUGAAAGUGAUUAUAAAGACAUUUUCAUCGGAGGAGGUUAAGGAGAUUGCCACGGAGCUGGCGAGAUUGACUGGAGGUAUAGUGCUUGACAUUCAUGAAGAAAACACAAUAAUAAUGUACAGAGGGAAAAAUUAUUCUCAGCCACCAACAGAGAUAAUGUCUCCACGAAUCACUCUUCCACGAAAGAAGGCUUUGGAUAAAUCAAUUUAUAGGGAUGGUCUCCGAGCUGUGAGAAGAUAUAUUCCUAGACUUGAGCAAGAGCUCGAAAUUCUUCGGGCACAAAUUCAAAGCACUGGUGAAAGUACAACAGAGGCUGCUGAGGGAAUCCAAAAAAUUGACGGAGCGAGUGUUGAAUCUGGUGGUAUUUCAAAUUUAGAACCACAGAAUUCAGAUAAGCUUCGUGAGCUGAUAAAUGGUAACAUGGGGUGCCCGGAGGAUGAGACAGAUAUUGAGUCUGGAUUGGAUUCUUGUUCUGACACUGAUAAAUUAUCAGAUAUCUUUGAGACAGAUUCAGAUGUAGACGAUUUGGUGAAGGAGGAGAAACCUCUUUAUUUGGAUGAGUUUGACAAUUUUCCAGAGCAAAGUGAUGGAGAAUCAGAUGAUUUUGAGGAGCAUCUACGGCAAGUGUCCAACUCAGAAAACAUGAAAAAAGAUGUUGACUCACCUAAGUUUGAUGAAGUUGACAGGAUUUUUCUGCGUGCUGCGUCCUUUUUAAAGAAAAAGAGAUAAUAAGAAAUGGACAACUGUAAUUAUCGUACUGGAUUUAUAUUUUUUUGGAGAGGGGGGGCUUUCGGACAAGAGGAAAAUUGAGUUUUGUUUUAGCACAAGAGAAAUUACAUUAUGAUUUUACAUGUUUCUGAAAACUAAUUUUCAGGAUGCAAAAAUUUACAUUA